GUUGUGUCAAAGGAACUCCAGGACUUUAUCUGAGUUGUUCUUCAUUUUAAAAGCAAUCAUUUUGUGGAUUUUAACAUUUUACAGUGGUUACUGAAACCAGACAACUUCUCGGAAGUCCAUGGCUUCGGUUCUUCCACGGUCUGCUUCAAAGCAAAUAGUCAACUGUUGGAAUUGCCUUAAACUCCGAGUCAAAAACAGGAAGGACUGGGAUGAGGUGUUGGAUGAGACAUUCCUUUCCCAGUUGAAAAGAGUAAACGAAAUCCCCUUGUUUUAUGCAACAAAGUUGAACAAUGUGGGUUGCAUUAAGAAACUGCUGGAUUGUUCUACAACUAAUAUCUUUGAAAGAGGUGCACUAGGUGAGACUGCUUUGCACGUGGCUGUAAUGAAUGAUAACUUUGAGGCAGCUGUGGCACUAAUGGAUGGAGCACCAGAGCUCAUCAAUGAGCCCAUGACCAAUGAAUUUUAUUAUGGUUUAACAGCACUACAUCUUGCAGUCAUUAACCAGAAUAUUAAUCUGGUUCAGGAAUUAAUCAACAGAGGGGCUGAUGUAGUCACGCCAAGAGCGACGGGCAUUUACUUCAACAAAAGAAAAGGAGGACUUUUUUAUUAUGGUGAGCACAUCCUGGCCUUUGCCUGCUGUAUUGGUAAUGAAAAAAUCAUCUCCAUGCUGAUAAAGGCGGGUGCUAAUAUUCAGGCUCAGGACUCCCGCGGGAACACUAUUCUGCACAUUUUGGUUUUGCAGCCCAACAAAAUGAUUGCAUGUCAAAUUAUGGACAUGCUCCUGGCACUAGAUGCUGAGCGGGAACCCACAGUGCCGUUAGACAUGGUGCCGAAUUACAAAGGGCUUACGACUUUGAAGCUCGCUGCAAAACAAGGCAACGUAGUGGCUUUUCAGCACAUUGUGAACCGCAGACGCGUCAUCCAGUGGAGCCUGGGGUAUUUGAGCUCCUACCUCUAUGACCUUACCGAAAUAGAUUCUCGCACGGACGAUGUCUCUGUGCUCGAGUUUAUUGUCUCCAGUCAAAACAGGAAUCCCAGAAAAAUACUAGAGUUGACUCCUGUUCAGCAGCUCAUCAAUCUCAAGUGGAAUCUUUAUGGGAAAUUCUAUUUCAGGUUGCUGCUGUUGGUGUACCUGCUGUAUAUCGGGACCUUCACUUUUUGUUGUAUGUUCCGCCCUCUAAAGGAUCUGCCUCUGAAUUACACAAAAGCACCUAAUGACGCAACCAUUUAUAUGCCGAAAACUCUAAAGGAGAGUUAUGUAACUUAUGAGGAUCACCUGCGGCUGGUUGGAGAGAUCAUCAGUGUAAUAGGAGCCAUCAUCAUUCUACUACUGGAGAUACCAGAUAUCCUGAGGGUGGGAGCAAAGAGAUAUUUUGGUCAGACUGCACUUGGUGGGCCCUUUCACAUCACUCUGAUAGCCUAUGCAGUGCUGGUGGUGUUUCUGUGUGUACUAAGACUCACUGAGAUGCCAGGCGAGACCUCACUGAUGGCUGUGUGUCUGGUAUUGGGCUGGUGCAAUGUCUUGUACUUUGCACGAGGUUUUGAAAUGCUCGGGCCUUAUGUCAUAGUGAUCCAAAAGAUCAUAUUUGGAGACUUAACCAAGUUCAUGUGGUUGAGUGCCAUUGCUCUCUUAGGAUUCUCCACAGCUCUGUGGACUGUGUACAUGACUCAGGAACCUCUAUCUAUACCACAGAUGCGCUCAUACCCCAUCACACUUUUCACUGUUUUUGAACUGACUGUGGGUCUAAUCGAUAUGCCUGUGGACCACACCGUAUGGACUCACCCUGUUGUGCAUGUGGUAUUUUGCUGCUUUAGUGUUGUGUCUCAUCUCCUCCUCCUCAGCCUCCUUACGGCCAUGAUGAGUGACACACAGUGGAGGGUUGGACAAGAGCGAGAUGAGCUCUGGAGGACCCAGGUGGUAGCCACCAUUCUUAUGCUGGAACAUCGGCUGCCGCGGAGUUUUUGGCCAAGGCUGGGCAUGUGUGGUCUGCAUUAUGGCCUGGGAGACCGCUGGUAUCUCCGAGUGGAGGACCGCAAUGACCAGUUUAUGCAGAAGGUAAGACGCUAUGUGAAUGUGUUUGCAAAAACUGAUGACUCAGACAAGAAAGACGGGCAUGAGGGAGUUGACAUGGCCCAUGAUGCAGCAGACACAAAAAGCAUGCAGAAUGACAGCACAGAUGCCAAAAGGAAAUCAUUGAUUUGCUGGCAGAUUGUACGCCACAGCCUUCUUGGUUUAGAUCUAGAGAAUGAGGAGCAUUUGGAUGCUCAAGAAAUGAAACCUGUUUGAGAGA